AACAAGCAAGUAUUUGUGUGGCAAUAACCAAACUUUUCAUCCUCCGCUCUCCAAGAUGCUAGCAAGCUUUGUGACACGUCACACAGGUCAGACAUACACCGUCCGAAGCAAAGAUGGCGACCGCCUUUAAGAGCUUCAACCUGCACACAACCCCUGAGAAGUUUUACAUUGAAGCUUGUGAUGACGGCUCCAAUGAUGUUCUUGCCAUUGACAGGGUGUCCACUGAAAUGACCCUUACAGUGCGGAAAGACGUUCCCCCUUCAGCCGUAACAAGGCCCAUAUGCGGCGUCAUGGGAACCAUUCGACUUGUGGCCGGCAUGUAUCUCAUCGUCAUCACCAAGAAGAAGAAGGUGGGGGAUCUGCUGGGACAUGCAGUGUGGAAGACCCUGGACUGUGAAGUCAUCUCAUACAAGAAGACAGUUCUGCACUUAACAGACAACCAGAUGCAAGACAACAAGGCCUUCCUGGCCAUGAUAAACAGCGUGCUGAACACAGACGGAUUCUACUUCGCCACAGACUACGACCUGACUCACUCCCUACAGCGCCUUGCCAACACCAGCCCUGAGUUCCAGGAGAUGAGUCUACUGGAGAGGGCUGAUCAGCGCUUCGUGUGGAACGGUCACCUUCUGAGAGACUUCAUGACCCAACCAGAGCUGCACAGGUUCGUGUUUCCCAUGAUGCACGGCUUCAUGACUAUGAAGUGUUGCUGCAUCAACGGGAAGGUGUUUGAGUGGAACAUCAUCUCCAGGAGGAGCUGUUUCAGGGCUGGGGUUCGCUACUAUGUCAGAGGCAUCGACUCGGAGGGCCAUGCUGCUAACUUUGUGGAGACAGAGCAGAUUGUUCAGUACAACGGGGGCAAGGCCUCCUUCCUGCAGACUCGUGGAUCCAUCCCCUUCUACUGGUCCCAGAGGCCCAACCUGAAGUACAAACCCAAACCACAGAUCAGCAAAACCAUCAACCACCUGGACGGCUUUCAGAGACACUUUGACUCUCAGAUCAUCCUGUAUGGGAAGCAGGCCAUCCUGAACCUGAUAAACCAGAAGGGCUCAGAGAAGCCUCUAGAACUGGCCUUCAACAAGAUGGUGUCUAGCCUGGGCAACGGCAUGGUCAAAUACAUAGCGUUUGACUUCCAUAAGGAGUGCAGUCGUAUGCGCUGGCAUCGUCUGCAGAUACUAGUGGACAUGGUGGCAGAGAUGCAGGAAGAGUUUGGGUACUUCCUGGUGGACUCUGAGGGGAAGGUUUUGGUGCAGCAGGAGGGAAUGUUCCGGAGUAACUGUAUGGAUUGUCUGGACCGGACCAACGUGAUUCAGAGCCUGCUGGCUCGGCGUUCUCUGCAAUCUCAGCUGGAGAGGCUGGGCGUGCUGUAUGGGGGUCAGAGCAUCGAGGAGCAGGCGGACUUUGAGAAGAUCUACAAGAACGCUUGGGCAGAUAAUGCUAAUGCGUGUGCCAAACAGUACGCAGGAACGGGCGCUUUGAAAACAGACUUCACCAGGACAGGGAAGAGAACUCAGUGGGGGCUGGUGAUGGAUGGCUGGAACUCCAUGAUCAGAUACUACAAGAACAACUUCUCAGAUGGUUUCAGACAGGACUCUAUCGACCUGUUCCUAGGCAACUACGCAGUAGACGAGGCAGACAUGACCACGCCCCUCCACGAACCCAAAGACUGGAAGUUCCUGACGUUGCCCAUCAUCAUGGUGGUAGCGUUCUCAAUGUGUAUCAUCUGCCUGCUGAUGGCUGGUGACACGUGGACUGAGACGCUGGCCUACGUGCUGUUCUGGGGCUCGGCCAGCGUGGUGACCGGGGGGGUCAUCCUCUUCAACGGCCGGGACUUUGUGGACGCGCCCAAGCUGGUGCAGAAGGAGAAGAUGGACUGAAUGUGUGUGUGUGGAGAGCAGCUGGGCCCCGCCCACAUAUCAUCAUCCUCCUCAUCGCUCUACCCCCAUCAUCAGCGGGCCUGGAGCCUGUACUGACCCCGCAGGAGGAAGGGGAGGAGGAGGAGGAGGAGGGAGGAGGAGAGGGCGGGGCCAGAUCAAGGUCACGUGUUGAACGAUGCUGGGCGACCCAGAGACGCUGGCCUGCUGCUCCCCACACAGACGCUGCGCUGGCAGGACGGGCUCCACCCUGUCCAGAGAAGCCACCGGAACACCCAGUUCCUCAUUGAACCGUGGAACCCAUAGCUACAGACAUGGGAACAAGUGUUCCUGCUGCUGCGUGCACACAGCAGGGCACCAAGGAAACUGUGUUCUGUGUUUUUCCAUUUUUAUCAUUUUUGCCUUUUCUUUUGGUUGUUUGUUAAAUGUUGCCAACAUCAUGUCACCUCCCUGUACUGUUGCCAUGCUAGGUAUUUGUGCCCUUGCACCUGAUUGGUCCGUAUUGACCGAUCUGCAGUGUCUUAGGUUAAAGGUAGCCCUGUGAUUGGCCAAGGCUUUGGCCUCCCUCAAUUAACUGUCCAUUGAGAGAGAAGGGUUAGGUUUUCACACAGUUAUGGUUACCGGCAGUCACUGCGGCUGAUUUCUGUUGAGUAGCUAGCGCAGCAGCCUGCGUCUGGACUGGAGAACGGCAGCCAAUCUGAUCCUCGUCUCCAUGUAAAUAACAACUCAAACCAGAGGGUGGGGAUGAUCCAUCUCUGGCACGUACCACCUGCCUGGGUCACACCCGCUGAUCUGACAAUGUAAUUUAAAGAAACUACAAAGAAUAUGUAAUAUUGUUAUAAUCAAAUGGAUGAUCUCUGCCACACGUGUCUUGGCUCUUCAGCUGUGAUGGUCCAGACUUACAGUUCGAUGGUCCAACAUUAAACUGGCAUAUGAUGACCGAUGAUCAUGAA